GAUUUUGGGAUACUGUCUGGUUUUUUUUCGUCUUGUUUCCUUUUUAUGAUUUCACGUGAAAAUUCUUAGCUGCUAGGGUUGUCGAUUUUGGCGAGCGAGAAUGGACAAGUACGAGCUGGUGAAAGACAUAGGUGCUGGGAAUUUCGGAGUGGCCAGGCUCAUGAAGGUCAAAAACUCUAAGGAACUUGUUGCCAUGAAGUACAUCGAGCGUGGUCCUAAGAUUGAUGAGAACGUGGCAAGAGAGAUCAUUAAUCACAGAUCACUUCGCCAUCCGAAUAUAAUCCGGUUUAAGGAGGUGGUGUUGACUCCAACCCAUCUUGCCAUUGCCAUGGAAUAUGCUGCUGGUGGUGAACUAUUCGAGCGUAUCUGCAGUGCUGGAAGAUUUAGUGAAGAUGAGGCGAGAUACUUCUUCCAACAACUUAUAUCAGGUGUUAGUUAUUGCCAUGCUAUGCAAAUAUGCCACAGAGAUCUGAAGCUCGAGAAUACGCUCCUGGAUGGAAGCCCUGCUCCACGUCUGAAAAUCUGUGAUUUUGGUUAUUCCAAGUCCUCUCUGCUGCACUCUAGGCCCAAAUCAACUGUUGGAACUCCAGCGUAUAUUGCACCUGAGGUCCUUUCUCGGAGAGAAUAUGAUGGCAAGAUGGCUGAUGUAUGGUCCUGUGGUGUGACUCUUUAUGUCAUGCUGGUUGGAGCGUACCCAUUUGAAGACCAGGAAGACCCCAAAAACUUCAGGAAAACAAUACAAAAAAUUAUGGCUGUCCAGUACAAGAUCCCGGACUACGUCCAUAUCUCACAGGAUUGUAAACAUCUCCUUUCCCGUAUAUUUGUCGCCAAUUCACUCAAGAGGAUAACCAUUGUAGAAAUCAAGAAACAUCCAUGGUUCCUGAAGAAUUUGCCAAGAGAACUCACAGAGACAGCUCAAGCUGCAUAUUUCAAGAAAGAGAACCCAACCUUCUCCCUUCAGACCGUUGAAGAGAUCAUGAAGAUAGUGGCUGACGCCAAAACACCGCCUCCUAUUUCCCGGUCCAUCGGAGGUUUUGGCUGGGGAGGAAAUGGAGAUGGAGAGGGAAAGGAGGAAGAUGCAGAAGACGUGGAGGAGGAAGAGGAGGAGGAGGUGGAAGAAGAGGAAGACGAUGAGGAUGAAUACGACAAGACUGUAAAGGAAGUACACGCAAGUGGAGAAGUGAGAAUAAGUUGAUAUUUUGGUUUUUGGUCAGUGUAAGAAAGAAGUUUGUCGUUGGUUUGUUGAAACUGAAUUGUCUCUGUUCUUGUGUUUGCCUUUACAAUGCUUUGGCUAUGGUUUUGGAGAUUUGUAAAAUUUGCAGUAUAAGAAGAUCAAACAGAGGUUGAUGAUGAGUCCUUUGCUACGCAUGAUGGUACUAUGAACAUUGUGACCUCGAAUAAAUAUUUUUGUAAAUU